GCUCACAGCGCUUUGAAUUGUGGGAAGGAAGAAACCUGAUUGUUUUGGGGGCGGGCUCGGCCGUUUGACUAAAUUUGAACUUUUUGAAUUUUAUUGCAGUUUAUUAUUUUUGUUUCAUUCGUCUCGGAGGAAUUGGGCGAUUUGAAAGAUUGGAAUUAUGGAGCAUGUGCAUUUGACAGCAUUAGAAGAGGAGGACCUAUACUCAGGAUAUAAUGACUACAACCCAACUUAUGACACAGAGGAACUAGAGAAUGAUGUUGCUUUUCAACAAGCUUUGAGGACUAGCCAUGGAAGAAGACCACCAAUGACUGCAAAAAUACCAAGUACUGGAGCAGGUGUACGUUCCUUUGGGAAUAUGGGGGCAAGAGUGCCUUUGGCCUCUUCAAUGGGAAGGCCUGCCACUGGAGUUAUUCAGGAUGGAAUUACUGUUGCUAGACCUAUGACAGCAGUACGUGCAGCUGGCUAUUCUUCUGCAGCUUACAGAGGCUCUACGUUUGAUCCACUUGGGCAAUCAAGAGGUCCUGCUCCACCUCUUGAAACAAAGAAUGAAGAUACGCCAGAAGAAAAAGUUAAGAAUUUAGAGAAGAUUGUAAAUGAAUUGAUUGAAGAAAGUUGCAUUGCCAAUAGAUGUGGUGACCUACAGUUGGCUUUGGAAAAAGCAAAGGAAGCAGGUAGAAAGGAGAGAAUACUGGUGAGACAAAGAGAGCAAACAGCAUCUUCAGAUCAUAUCAAUCUGGAUCUUACUUAUUCGGUACUUUUCAAUUUAGCCAGUCAAUAUGCAGUCAAUGAUAUGUAUGCAGAAGCAUUAAAUACCUAUCAAGUGAUAGUGAAAAACAAAAUGUUCAACAAUGCAGGUCGAUUGAAGGUAAACAUGGCAAAUAUUUACUUCAAGCAAAGAAAUUAUCCCAAGGCAAUAAAAUUUUAUCGAAUGGCAUUGGAUCAGAUAUCAAGUUCUCAUAAAGAGAUGAGGAUUAAAAUAAUGCAGAACAUUGGCGUUGUAUUUGUCAAAAUGGGACAGUAUUCUGAUGCUAUCACCUCCUUUGAGCAUAUCAUGAGUGAAAGCCCAAAUUUAAAAACCAGCUUUAAUCUCAUUCUAUGCUACUUUGCCAUUGGUGAUCGUGAAAAGAUGAAGAAAGCAUUCCAGAAACUUAUUGUGGUCCCACUUGGUAUUGAUGAAGAUGACAAAUAUAUCCCACCUAAUGAUGAUCCACAUAUGAAUCUUGUGAUUGAAGCCAUCAAGAAUGAUCCACUCAGACAAAUGGAGCGAGAGCGGAAAGCAAUGGCAGAGAGAUUUAUAAUGACAGCAGCUAAGUUGAUAGCACCAGCAAUUGAAGCAUCUUUUGCAUCUGGAUAUGACUGGUGUGUGGAGAUGGUGAAGGCGUCCCAAUAUGUUGAACUAGCUAAUGACCUGGAAAUAAACAAAGCUAUUACUUACCUGCGACAAAGGGAUUUUAACCAGGCUGUAGAAACCCUGAAAAUGUUUGAGAAGAAGGAUAGCAGGGUUAAGAGCGCAGCUGCAACAAAUCUCUCUUUCCUUUAUUUUUUGGAAAAUGAUUUUGGACUUGCAGACCGAUAUGCUGACCUUGCUAUGAGUGCUGAUCGAUAUAAUCCAGCAGCAUUGACAAAUAAAGGAAACUGUGUCUUUGUUCGAGGCGACUAUGAAAAAGCAGCUGAAUUUUAUAAGGAAGCUUUGAGGAAUGAUUCUUCUUUUACUGAGGCACUCUAUAACUUGGGUCUUACUUACAAGAAGUUGAAUAGGCUGGAGGAAGCUUUGGAUUGUUUCUUGAAGCUCCAUGCAAUCAUGAGGAACAGUGCUCAAGUUAUGUACCAGAUUGCAAACCUAUAUGAAAUGCUGGAAGAUCUGACUCAAGCUAUUGAGUGGCUCAUGCAGUUGAUUAGUGUUGCACCCACUGACCCACAGGCAUUGGCUAAACUAGGAGACCUGUAUGACAAUGAAGGAGACAAAUCCCAGGCUUUCCAAUAUUAUUAUGAGUCGUUUAGGUAUUUUCCAUCAAACAUUGAGGGCAUUGAAUGGCUUGGAGCAUACUACAUUGACACACAGUUCUGUGAAAAAGCGAUUCAGUACUUUGAAAGGGCAGCACUUAUCCAACCUACUCAAGUCAAAUGGCAGUUAAUGGUGGCUAGCUGUUAUAGGAGAAGUGGUAACUAUCAAAAGGCAUUGGAAACAUAUAAAGACAUUCAUCAGAAAUUUCCUGAAAAUGCUGAAUGUUUGCGCUUUCUAGUUCGCCUUUGUACCGAUAUGGGACUAAAAGAAGUUCAGGAAUAUGCCACAAGACUAAAGAAAGUUGAAAAGAUGAAAGAGUUAAGAGAACAGCGUGUGAGGUCUGGCAGAGAUAGCAGUGCACGUGGGCGCAGAGAAGGCAGCGCUAGUAGCGAAAAUGGUCAAAGUAGCUAUGUUACCAGUGCUAAAGGAGAACGGAUGAGUGCAAAGUUGAAGUCAUUGCCUGGUGUUAAUGAUCCUUAUGAAGCAAGCAACAACAAAGAUAUAGAUGCUUCAUAUGUGGAUCCACUUGGACCACAAAUAGAACGACCCAGAACUGCAGCUCGAAGACGGGUUGAAGAAGAUGAAUUUGCAGAUGAAGAACUUGGAGAUGAUUUGUUACCAGAGUAAUGAAUGCACCCACUCAGGUCACAAAAAACAAAGAAAUGUCACUUUCACAGAUGACAUAUGAUAUUCUUGCUUUGACAAUGUGUACAUUAAAUAUACACAUUCUAUAUUUCUCAUGAUUAUAGUUGCUUUAAUGUGCUUGCUAAUGCAUUAUUUAUUACAUUUGUAAUUAACUACAAGUUCCUUGUAAAUAUAAAACUUGUAUAUUUUUGAUAUUUUAAUAUCUGUGAUAUAGUGUUAAGGCAAUGGUUGGUGUAUAGUUCAUUGCACUGCAUGUUCUAUAGUAGAUUAAUAUCUCUAAUCGUAAUUAUAUUUGACUAUCAGUGAUUAACUAUAUAAUAUUUCAUUUAUAGACUAAGAAGAUGUUUAAAUAUUUAGGAUUGAAGGCAUGUCAAUAUUUUGUUUAGUUUUCAGCCAGUGUAAUUACAUUUUUGUACUAUUUCUGAAUAUUACUUUCUUAUUAAAUAUAAAAUCAAAACUGAUCGAUGUAACUGUAGCUAUGUAAAUAGGCUGAAGCAAUCACUGACACUACUAGACUUGCCAUCUAUACAGUGAACUCUAAUUUUAUAGCAGCUCAGCAUAUCAACAACUAUGGAUUGUUGCAGACUUCAUUGAUAAAGGAGAAUUGUGACAAAAGCAUGACUUUAAGAGGUACGUUUUGUCCUGAUUUUUUUAUGAAAAAAAGUUGAGACAGAGGUCCUAAGCAGUCUGCUCAAGGCCAAUAGAGUAAACCGCUUAUGAGACUUUGGGGCUUUUUUAAAGAUGGAACAAUAGUAGCAGCCUGAAUGGAAAGGAUGACCCACCAGAAGAAAGGGAGAAAGUGAUUGUUUUUAAAUUUCUGAGAUUGGAACUGAAAACACAAAGUCAACUUAAAAUGACCAAGGUAGAGAUGAAAGUUAGUAAUAGUGAUGAGGACAGUGAUGGAGAGCAAUCCCAUUGUAGCCAACGGCCUGGUGGGGAUCUAUUUAAAUAUGUCUGAGCAUUGCCUAAGUCCAAUGACAAGAAUGUAUAACAAUAAUUUGAGAAAGUGGCUAAACAAAUGAAAUGGCUGGUCACCAUGUGGAUAUUGUUGAUCCAAACAAAAUUGGUAGGUAGAACUGGUGAGGUAUUUACAUCACUGUCAGAGGAUAUAUUUGGGAAGGAUGAUGAACUAAAAAUCUCAUCUAAAAUGCAUGUGAAAUAGUCCCAGAAGCCUACGGACAAAGUUUUAGGAAUCUAAGGAAGGAACCUGGUCAAACAUAUGUAGGGUUUUAAAGGAUCAAAGUAAUUUUGAUAGAUAGAUAAGGACUUUGAAAAUAGAUCAAGCAUAUGAUACUCUUAGAGAAACAAUUAUUUUGGAAGAGUUCAAAAAUUCACUUGCUGAAGUAAUGAGAACUUAUGUGGAAGAGCAGAAAGUUAAGACUGCAAGAUUAGCAAUGGAAAUGGCAGAUGAUUGAGUUUGUUCAUAAACCAAGGUUUGGUUUCUGACGUCAAUCUUAAUUUGUGAGGGAUAGAAAUUAGGGAAAAGAGAAAUCCUCACAUGGUAAAGGAAACAAGGAGAUCUUAUUGAAGAUAAUAACAAUACAGUACUUUACCACAGGGUAAAAAGGAAAUCCAUGAGGGGGAAAGAGAAGUAAGAAAGCUCAGGCAUUUUCACUGUGAUAAAGUAGACCACAUGAAGUUGCAGUGUUGGUGGUUGAGAAUAAGCACUGGGAAGACAGAUGUGGGAAAACAAGAUAAGGCAAGUGAGUUUUGUUGAAGUGGUUAAGAAAAGCAUAGUGGAAGCUAAAAAGCUGCAGAAGAAUGUGUACAACCUGAUCAGGGGUUGGUUGAGAAGAAAGUGCCAGAUCUCUUUAAAGAAUUUACUUGUGUGGGUAAGAUUUACUCAUGUAGGUCAGGAGGAGUAGAUAAGGAGAUUAAGAUUUUAAGAUAUAUUGGAGCA